AUGGGCAAGCCAAGGUUGAUCAUCAUCAUAAGACAUGCGCAAUCCGAGGGUAACCGUGACAAGGCCAUCCACCAGACGACACCAGACCACAGAGUUGGACUAACGGAGGAAGGCCAUCGUCAAGCCCUCGAGGCGGGAGAGAAGCUUCGAGCUCUUCUUCGGACUGAUGAUACCUUACACUUCUUCAUCUCUCCAUACAGGAGAACCCGAGAAACGACAGAAGGCAUUCUGAAAAGUUUGUGCUCCAAUGACCCUGUACCUUCACCAUUUCAGCGACAUCACAUCAAGGUGUACGAGGAGCCACGGCUGAGGGAGCAAGACUUUGGCAAUUUCCAACCAGACACCGAAGAAGUGGAGAGGCUGUGGCGCGAGCGUGCUCAAUAUGGUCACUUCUUUUACCGCAUACCCAACGGAGAAAGCGGGGCAGAUGUGUAUGACCGGGUAUCGUCGUUCAAUGGUUCGCUCUGGAGACGGUUUUCCGAGGACACAAUGGCGAGCGUGGCCAUCCUCGUCACCCACGGUCUCUGCAGUCGCGUUUUUCUCAUGGCCUGGUACCACUACAGCGUCGAGUUCUUCGAGGAUCUCCGAAACAUUAACCACUGCGAGUUUUUGGUGAUGAAACUUGGCGCGAACGGGAGGUAUGUGCUUCAGAACAGUCUACGACGCUGGUCCGACUUGAGACGGGAAAAGGCGGCGGCCAGAAAAAACAGCGUCUCCUCCACGUCGACACCCGUGAAUGUUGAAAACAUCCCGGUGAGACGCUGGACGAUUUCGAGAAACGCCCAUGACCCCACUGGAGCCAGCUAUAUCCCCAUGCCGGUGCGGAAAAGCACAGUAGAUAUGUUCAAGGACGAGCCUGAAACGGUCUCGGAGGGAAGCGAGUCCAAACGUAAUCCCAAGGCGGUCUCCACCGAGACCAGAGGUAGUACGAGCAGAGAGCAAAGUCGUACCAGAGUGCGGUCGUCGAGCAACCUUCGAACCUCUCUCAGUAAUUUGGCCUUGGACACAGGAAGGAAACCCACAAACUUGGGUAGCAUCAAGUCGUACCUUGGUCGGGACGGUGGUGGGACAAGGUCAGGUCAAGGCUCUCCGUUCGGGUCCGAUGACGAGACUGAAAAUGAGAGUCCCAAAGGAACGACGCUGCCUUCAGGAUCGUUGUCCGAGUCUCCCGAGAAAUUGAAGAAGGUUUUUUCGUCGUCACUGGCUCGAGCAUUGAGAGGAGAGUUGGAUGAUCCCAACAGGAAAAUGGCGGACGCAUUGGGUGAUCAGAGUGAUGCAGAAGUGGAGGAGGCGGAUCUGGAGAUCGGGACCCAGGAGCGAGUUUCUGGCGAGCUCCAGCAGAUCCUCGACGAAGAGAGGCGGGAGCGGAGCCAUCGGAGUAUCUACUAG